AUGGCUAGUAAGGUAGAAGGUAAUCAAAAAGUAGAUCCAGUAAGAGUUCCAUUAGAAACUGAUCAAGGUAUACUUGAAAGCGAAGAACGUAAAUGGGGACUACCAUUAAAAGAAGCUUAUAAACAUGGACUAUCUUUCUAUAAAGAUAAAGAAGGCAAAGCUAUACACUUAAGCUAUGAAGAUAGGUUGAAGCUUGUUGCAUACACACAGCAGACAGCCCAUGGUCCUUUAGAUGUAAACUCGGCACCGCCAUUGGGAGUUUUGGAUGUUAUUGGAAGAGAUAGAAGAGCAGCGUGGCAAAUGCUUGGACAAAUGUCUCAAAUACAGGCCAUGGCUGGUUUUAUACAUACACUUGAUAGAUUAUGUCCACUCUUCAAACCGUAUUUAGAGGCGAUUCAGAAAGAUCUAGAAGAAAAGAAGCAACAAGAACUCAAGAAGUCCGAAAAAGAAAAGGCUCAUAGUGAAUUACAAAAUAGGAUAAUUCUGGAGAAAGAAAAGCAACAAAGCACAAAAUUAACUGAAGAGCAACAAGUUCAAAGAAUAAAGGAUGCUUUGAAUGCACAGACAUAUGACCAGUUCCUUCAAUAUGCCCAGCAACAGUAUCCCGGUAAUUUCGAUCAACAAGCAAUUCUUAUAAGGCAGUUGCAAGAUCAGCAUUACCAACAAUAUAUACAGCAGCUGGCUGUGGACCAGAGACUGGCUAACUCCAGUAUUGAUCAGAAAGACGAAUCUGAUUACGAAAAUGAUAUAUCCGGAAAAGAUACACCAACGGAUUGCAAUUUGAAUGAAAUUGACAGUGGAAUUAUGGAUACUAAGGAAAUUCAAACUAUAGACAAAAUUAACAGUGAUUAUGUUGAAGAGUCAAGGGAAGAAGAAUCAGAUGCAGAUGACGGUCUUCCAUAUGUUGAAGAAGCUAGAAUGUGGACUCGGGGUGAUAUUAUCCAGUUUAAGGAAUCAGCUCGUGAAGGUGGUGGUCGUUUGACGGUUGGUCAUGGUGAGACAGUCACUGUGAGGGUCCCAACACAUCCAAGGGCUGGCUGUCUUUGUUGGGAGUUUGCUACCGAUGGAUAUGAUAUAGGUUUUGGAUUGUACUUCGAAUGGACCAAGACUCAGACUACCGAAGUAACGAUUCAUGUUUCUGACACUGAUGAAGAAGAUGAUGAAGAUGAUGGUGAUGAAGAAUUCACGGCCCAAGAAUCUAGUGAUCCUGAGAUUGGUUCAGAAAUACGCUCUCUAAACAAACAGAAGCCGUUGUUGAGUCUUGUUGUACCCAUAUAUAGGCGAGAUUGUCAUACAGAGGUGUACGCUGGUUCCCACACUUACCCCGGCGAAGGAGUAUAUUUAUUGAAGUUUGAUAACACUUAUAGUCUUUGGCGAUCCAAAACCCUGUAUUACAAAGUUUAUUAUACACAAUAA